UCCCCGAGAGCCACAGAGCCAGCACAGCAGCCCCUCGCCACAAGCUCUUGCACUCCAGGCUCCGCCGCCAUCCUCCCGCUGAGUCCCAUGGCCCGCACCGCCUCCGCCGUCCCCCGCGCUCCGCGGCUCCUCCAGGUCGCGCUGCUCAUGCUGCUCCUGGUAGCCGCCAGCCGGUGCGCAGCAGGGGCGCCAGUGGUCUCUGAACUGCGCUGCCAGUGCUUGCAGACUGUGCAAGGAAUUCACCUCAAGAACAUCCAAAGUGUGAAGGUGAUGUCCCCAGGACCCCACUGCGCCCAGACAGAAGUCAUAGCCACUCUCAAGAAUGGACAGGAAGCUUGUCUCAACCCUGAGGCCCCCUUGGUCAAGAAAAUCAUCCAUAAAAUGCUGAACAAUGGCAAUUCCAGCUGACCAGGGGAAGGAGGAAGUUCCUUGGUGACUGUUCCUGACACAGGACCUGACUUCAUAUGAAAAAGAGAUGAAAAGAUAGCUCCCGAGGCCACCUGGAUUGGCCUUAGUAUGCUUGAACAUGUCUUCUGAGAGCUCUUCUAUUUAUUUAUUUGUUUUCAAAGAUUCUAUUUUAAUAUUUGCUUUAUAAAAUAAUUAAGGGUAUGAUUAAAUCUACUUGCACAUGGUACCAUUAUAUUUAUUGUUUAUUUUAUAUCAAAUCCAAAUUAGUUCAAUUCUGAUUCUUAUUUAAUUUGUCAUCUGAGGGAUCCAAGCAAACAGAAAGUAGAGAUCAUUGUCAGGGAAAAAGAAUGUGCAUACACAUCUAUUUUUGUAACUCUUUAAAAGAAUGUCAGUUGCUAUUUAUUGAAAUGGCUUUCCAGUACACAGUCAACAUUUCUUAUGUUGAAGCUUUAUGAACUACAAUGUUCUAAAUAGCCCUUGGACAUUUUAUGUCUUUCUUUUGUAAGGCAUAAUGCCUUUUUCAAUGUUAGUUAUGUAAUAUGUUACUGUGUCUUAAA